AUUUAAGCAAAGCUUUUCCUUUUUCUCUCUCUCUUUUUUUUUCUUACGUUAUGUUGACUGCACAAGAAAUUGCUUGGGUGAUUUAUGCAAUAUUCUUUACGGCACUUUCGUUGGCUCUUGUCAUUCGUAGCCGCCACCAUGUGUUACUACUACCCUUUGUUCUUUUUAGCAUACUGACAAGCAUUGCACUGAUUGUCAUGCUUAGUGCUCAUUACAAUUACAUACUAACCGAGACAUGGGCGAGUAAAAGUCUUGCAUUGAACAUCCUACCCGUGAUUUCAUUGCUUGUAUUCCUUGGCAUCAUGGAAGCUCAAAUUUUAUUUAUCCGACAAGUUGCUACUGCCCUUAAUAACCGAGAACGAUGGCGUAGCAUCUAUCUACGUGAUUCUGAAAAGCAGGAAGGAUUCCCGGUAAGGCAACGCAAACAGCCUCUUCAUCCGUGGAAUUAUUGGACGAGCAUCGCGAUCCUGAUUAUUUACGCUUUGGUUGUGCUUUGUUGUAUCAUUUUACAACUAUUGGCGUUUCGAAUGUCUUCGGUCAAGACACGAGAUUUGGGUAUGGCCAUCUGUAUAACCAUACUAUUUAUACUUUCGAGUACGAACUGCAUUGUGAUAUGGAAUAGCUCAGCGUCAAGCACUAUUCGCCAAAACAGAGACGAUACACUCUUCUUACGUUGCGUGCCAACCUUGUUCUCCAUGGCACUUGCAGGCAUGUGUAUAUUGGCAUGGAUACACUAUGGAGCCUUUGGAUAUCCACUAGCGGCUUGGAUCCUGGUCGAGAGUCUACUUGUUUAUCUUCCGUUUACUCUGAUAUUAUGCAUGAGUAUUCAUGUUCGUAAAUUUAAAUCAAUGGGGCGACAGUACCCAAAUCAGUAUUCACCAAAGACUAUUCGGGAAAUCUCAUUUGUAACAAAACGACUGACAGCAGAGGAAGUAAAUCAAAAAUAUGCAUAUCCUCCUCCCAGCUACUAUCCAUAUUAAUACUUGUAAAUAUACUUAAUAAAAGCACUUUGUAAAUGUGUUUUCCUUUUGGUACAUAUUUAAAUGUGGCCUUAAUUUGAUCAAUUCAAACCAUCACCACAUAUUCUGUUUAUCCCCCUGAAAAAGGUAAAGGAUCUUCCUGCAAGUAAAGCGAUAUGCCAUGU